GACAACCUCGAAUUUUGGGAAAUGUUUAGGUCUGUCAUUUUAUUUCACGAUGACAUUAGUUAUUUGACCUAUAGUUGUAACAGGACUUUAAAAUAUUAAAUAGGCCUACCUAAUUGAUGACAGCAUCCACGGUGUCUGUCUAAGUAGGCUAGUGCGAGUGUGUUGGCCCACACUGUUUUUCAUUUUGGUGUCACAUUUUAUGUUGUGCAAAUCAUCAGUUAUUGUUUCAAGUGCAUUUUGGGGUGUUGCGUUCCCUCAUGAAUGAUAAUCAGUGAGAUGGCUGUUGAGAAUAGAAUAGAACACUAUUUGAUCUGUGAUUGUAGAGAAAGGCGCUCGCUCUUGAGAAUAAAGAACAUCUGCCUCAGUUGAGCGCUUUCAUGACGGGCAUACGGAAACUGUGGAAACUGGAUCACUAAGGUACUGGAAUUAACCGAACCGUUUGUUGGGCGAUUAGUCCUUGUGCGUCUGUCCGAUUCUCUCCAUACUCUUGGCCAGAUUUUGAUGCUGUCCAGCCACAAACGCACUUCGCCCGCCGCUUCUUGAGGGUCGAGUGUGUGUGCGAGUGAGUGAGCGAAUGAAUAAUCCUUUAGAUUCAGUAACAACACCAUUGAGGGAACUCUGCCCGAGUCGUCCAGUCUAGAGAGAAAUUGAGUGAAGGCGAGACGCUGCACGGGGACAAUGUCCUGAUCCACAACCGUUUACUUUAUGGCUACAGUUUAACAGGACCUAACGGAUGACUUGCUAAAUAUAGACCACUAUUAACAAACGUUUUAGUUGACGACAAAACAUCUACUUACUGGUGUGAUUUUGCGAGUUGAUUUGGGUUCAUUAGACAUCUCACCAAUCCUCUCCACACACGGACCUUCUCUGCUGUGCUGAACGUUUUUCUAAAAGGCAUCCCCAGGUGAUGACCUCACUACUGUUCUCCAGCCCCACCCACAUUGUCAUGAAGGACCGCGAGCUGCCGUCAUCCUCCCUCACCCUCCUCCACUACACCGGGACGGCAGUGCCUGUCAAGACACCCGGGGGUGGCCCUUUACCCUCCUCCUCCACCUCUCCAUCCCUCUCCAAACCUCAGCCAUUCUGCCUACAGACCCUCCAGACCGGCCCUCACCUCCUCGCCAGCAUGCAGCUCCAGAAACUCAACUCCCACUACCAGAGUCUGGCUGGAGGUAUAAGUGGCGGCGUAGCCUCUGGGCCCACAUCAGGACCUCAGAGGGGGUUUGGGGCCUCAACGCUGGGCUCAGCGGGGCAGCUGGUGGGGGGUACCCCUGGAGGUGUUGGAGGGAGGAAUCAGGGCUGUGGGGGGAUUAUUGACUCUGACCCGGUGGACGAGGAGGUUCUGAUGUCGUUGGUCGUAGAGCUGGGGUUGGACCAGGCUAACGAGCUGCCUGAACUCUGGCUAGGACAGAACGAGUUUGACUUCAUAGCGGAUGUACCUGCCGGAUGCUGACCCACCCAAAUAGAGGGAUGAAAGGAGGAGAUCUGUGCUCUCUCAUUCUUUCCUUUUCAUUACUCUCUAGGUUGGAUUGACAUAAACUCUAAUGUCCCGGCUGGGUGCUCACCCAAACACACGAAAUUAGACAUUUUUUGGGGGUCACCCUCUGUUUUUCUCUAAAGGACAAGUUAUGGACACAACCUGACCCAAAAAGAGCAUGCUGUUCUUUUGUUUUUCCUCUGUAUCCUGUUCUAAAUUUUAAAGGAGAAAGGAUAGACACAGGGUCUAAUGUUUUUGUGUGUCUCACAGAAAAUACUAUGUUACUGAGGGAACCUGAGCCUCGGCCUGUCUGUCAAUUUCACUCUACUUCCCAAGGGCCCCUUACACACACACCGGCAGAAGGAGGGAUGGAUGGUAUUACGAUCCGGUAAUGGAAGUAGCAGCCGUGAAACAGGCACUUGUCACUUAUUCAGUUACCCCAACAUUCAGGAGAGUUCAGCGGGUUUGAUGGAACAUCAGUGUGUGUGUGUGUGUGCAUGUGUGUGAUUAUUCAGGUCCCUGUGACAUAAGACAGACAUGACAGGAGGCAUCAGAAGCCUGUGUAGUCUCGGUGGACCGGAGUAACCUGAUCUGUAUGGUGCUGUCAGUGUCUGUAUCUAAAUAAAUGAAUGAGUCUUAACGUCCGUGGUCUUCAUGUACCUGGUAACUCUGUAGGUGAAAUUAAUCAUAGUUCCUCCCCCCUGCCCCAUCAUUCUCUCUGUCUAUUAUAAGUUCCACCCCCCUCCAUCUCUGUCCCCUGUGGUCCUAGAGCCAAGACGCUCCAUUACUACCUACUCUGCUGUAGUACCGUCAAUGUGUAUGUCCAAAAUGGCACCCAAUUCCCUAUAUAGCGCACUACUUUUGACCAGGGCCCAUGCACUACUUUUGACCAGAGCCCUGUGUGUCCUGUUCAAAAGUAGUGCUGUGUGUUUUUAUAUAUAUGAGAGAAUAGGGUGCCAUAUAGAACAUAUACAAUAGUUCAUGAGGGUUACAGGUAAUGAGGCGGUUAAAGAAGGGUGACUUUAAAAAAGGGUGACUAAGUUCCCAUGUUCCAAGUGUGAGUCACUUGGCAUCAUCAUGCUUCUUUCACCAUGUGAUUCGUUGGUGUUUUUACCUUUUCGAGUUAGUCAGUCAGUCGGCCGACAGUAGACCAAAGCAGGAGUAGGCUACAUAUCUAAACAGGGUCCUUAUUGUUUUGUAGUUUUAGUUGCUGGAUCACUUGAUCGUAAGAGAGCACGAGUGUGUGUGUGACUGCUUGCAUGGGAAAGUAUUCCUGUAAGUUUCCCUUUAAGUUUUGACUCCAAGGAAAUGCAAGAUAACUACACCAACUUAUUUCUUAAUCAGAAACCCUUUGAGCUCCAGACUAGCAAGAACAUGUACUUUUCAUUAAAUGUUUGUUUUACUUUCCUUAUGACAUAUCUGAUAUUUUUGUGGUCUUUUUUUUUUGUUUUAGCUUGAGAAACACUUCUUGUUAUUGAUUUUGUAAAGGAAAGAAAAUGUUGGAGAAAAAAAAUUAAUCACUUGUCUAGCAACUGCACUGAUUGUAUGGUCCUAAGUUUCUCUCUUUAAAUCACACCUUUUUUUUAAAUUGAGACCUUAUUUUAGAAAGGGAGAGGGACCUAUUUCUUUUUUUUUAAUCUCUUUUGUUUUUGAAAUGACAGAUGGAAUCAUAACUGAUGUUGAUUUUUGUUUUAGCACUUUCUCCGUUUGCAUCUCAUUUGUAUCUUUAUGAAAAUAUGUACUAGAUCAUAUUUAAAUGCUUGUAUUUUUGUUACUUCUCUGCAUUUGGGGGAAAAUAAAGAAUACCAACCUGAA